GGAACUGGAGAGAGAUAGCUAUAAUCUUUUGGAAACAUUAGACAUUAGACGGUCUCUGCCAAUUAAAAACUCCCUGCUCAAGUGCAAACAUUUAAGAAAAUUAAGGACAAUUCAGUAUAGACCUAUUUUGAGGCUUGAAGGGUAUCAACAGCCUUGAGUUCCUGUCGACCAGACUGCCUUCUUUUAAAACUGUCCUCAGGGUAUGAGCACCUUUGGAAGUGGAAGCCAGGCUAAGGUAGACCCCAAGGCAUUUUGUGGCAACAGUGGAGAGGGAGAAACCAGCACUCCAUCAGCAUGAGCCUCAAAUCCUCAGCGUCUGCUCCUCAGUUUGAGAGCAAAAGCAGCCAUAGUAUGACUAGAAAUGGAAGUUGUUUUCUAGUCAGGCACACCCCUCAUCCCAGAAGGGUCUGCCACAUCAAAGGCUUGAAUAACAUUCCUAUCUGUACUGUGAAGGAUGAUGAGAACUCCCUGAGAUCAUUGUGGGAUGUUGACCAGUUCAACCACUUAGAGACGACGGACAACAUACCAUUUGCCCAAUGCAGUCACCCACCCAGCACUGCAGCCCUGGAGAGCCCAGUCAGAGGAGUCUCACCAGCCCCGAAAAGUGCCAACGUGCAUCCCCCACGGCCUCAUUCUGAGCCCUGUAGAAAAAUCAAGGAGUGCUUCAAAACUUCCAAUGAUAAUCCCUUAGUAAUUAAAAAGGAAAGUAAGGUAAAAAAUCCACCCUCACCUCCAAAGGCAUGCUCUACUACAGGCUCUUGUUCUUCAGAGGUGAUGAAUACCAAGACUAACGCCAAGGAGAGUACCAUAUGCAUACCAAACUAUCUGGACCAGGAAAUCAAAAUUCUGGCAAAGCUCUGUAACAUUUUACAUACUGAUUCUCUGGCCGAAGUUCUACAGUGGCUGCUUCACGCAAGUUCAAAAGAGAAAGAGUGGGUCUCAGCUUUGAUUCAUGCUGAGCUGUCUGAGAUAAACGUGUUGGCUCGCCCUCUGAGAAGAAGCGUCUCCGCAGAACCAGCAGCAGUGUCUGGGAAGCUAACCAAAGUUAAAUCUUCAAAUUCACCUGUGAAAUCAAAAGUGCUGACCAGACCUAGAGAAGAACAUCAACUGACCAGAGUGUCAAGUCAAGGAUCUGAAGAAAAUAAGGUGGUACCAAAAGAGGCUGAGCACAAACCUGCAAUGUUUAUAAGAAGAAAUAAGAUGACAAUACCAGUUACAGAAUACUUCAGCAAGUCAAACUCUCCUCCCAGGCCUAAAACUCAGGAGAGCAUAUCAACAAAACCAAUGUCAGCACGAAGUAUACACCAAGAAUACAAUCUCUCUCCCCAGAGAACAUUUUCUCCUUUAACAUACCAAAGGUAGAAAAUCUAGACUGGGCUAAUUCUCUCAUACACAUGAGCUUCACUUUGUUACAACAUAAAAUUAUUAUUUUUUAAAUAUUUUGGUCUCAAGGAAUCAAUAGCUCCUCUAAACUGGUGGCACAUGUAAAUCUCAAAGCACCAGCAGAUAAUGCUACUAAACAAAUAUUACUGGAGACAAUAUUUCUAUUUGUAGUUAAUUUUAACACCAUAUGUAAAAAAAUGUUUAUUUACAUACUAUAUUUCCAAUCUGGCCCUGAUAUUAGAAAAAUCAUCCAUAAUCAAAUUUAAAUAGUUAUAAUUCCACACCUGCUGAAAACUCUGACAGAGAGACAAACAGAAUUUUAACAUCUGAGCUUAUUUCCACAACCUACAGUGUUAAAAUGUUGUUGGGUUGUUAUGAAAAAAAUGCUUACCGCCUUCCAAAAAGGAAAAGCUAUAAAAAUUAUCCCUAAUUUAUGAGCCAGAAAGAAACUAGUUCCCACUCAUUUCUAGUUGUGAAUAUUAACAAAUUUCCUAAUAUUGAGCAUUUGUAUUAUUCCUUAAAAUAAAACCACUCUUGGACCAUGA